AUGGUUACUACAGGUGCAAGUAUAGGAUCUAGUCAAACAACAACUCUACCGUCAAAUGAUGAGACCAAUGAUUUAGCUAAAUAUGGUUUACAAGGCUUAUCAUCAUUGGUAAGAAUGGAGCAAACGGAUUUCACAAGUUUUGCAAUUGGUCAAGAUAUCAGUAAAUGUGGAUUAGAUCUAUCACCCAAUGUGAAUAUAUUGAAAAACCUAGCAAGUCCGUGGCUGGAAACAUCUCGAAGUGAAGUUGAACCAUUUUUCCAAAUCCCAUUACAUCUACAAAAUUCUCAAUUGAAAGCUCAUCAAAUAGAUCCAUCAACUUGCGAUUCCAAGAUUCAAAAUUUCACUGAUGAGACAUUGUUUUAUAUAUUUUAUAUGAAGCCUAGGGAUACGUUGCAAGAAUAUGCUGCUAGGGAAUUAGUUGCUCGAAAUUGGAGGUAUCAUAAAGACAUUCAAGUUUGGCUAACAAAAGAUAGUAAUGUAGAACCAGUAUUGAUUGGUCAAGAUGUGGAAAAGGGAGUUUACAUAUUCUUUGAUCCACAUAAUUGGGAAAAGAUCAGAAAAGAGUUUGUAUUACAUUAUAGUUCAGUACAGGCUUGA